AUGCGCCCUCAACCUUCGGAUAUGGAGCUGGCGCGUGCUAUUUCGGUCGCAGAAGGAUGGCAUCAACAGCCACUCUACCACUGGGCUAGGCGAAUUAACAAUAGAAACAGGAAUAAAAAUAAAAAAACAUACAACAGCAGGGAUUCGCUGGUGGUCACCCACCCAACUACUAACCUGCCGGCGUGUGGCUUAAGUACGGCUGAGCGGACGGGAAGCCCUGUUCUCCACACCCUGUGGUCGUAUGUAUUAGAGAUUUUCUGUAAGCAGAAUAUGUAUAAAGCAAAAAAGCAAAAAUGA